AUGACUAGAAUUGUUGUUGUUGGCUCCGGUGUUGUUGGGAUCACUAACGCGUACUGUCUUUUGAAGAAAGAUCCAUCCAAUGAGGUCACCAUUGUGUCUCAAAACUUCCCUACUGAUUUUGAAUUCAAGAAAGUCUACACGUCGCCGAUUGCCGGCGCCAACUGGGCAUCUUUUGCAACUCCGGAGGACAAGUUUGUGCAGGAGAUCGACACUGUGGGCUACUAUAAGUUUCAGGACCUGAUAAAAAACAGACCGGAGGCCGGUGUUACGGCACGGAAGGACAUCAACUAUGUGACGAAGGAGAAGUUUGCGAAAGACGGGCAUGCCAAGAAGUUCCCCUGGUUUGCGUACGGCCAAAUUGGUACAGACUGUGGCUUUAGAGAGCUUGACGCGUCUGAGUUUGACAACAAUAAGUUUGAAUACGGCUUUGAGUACGACGGUCUGGUGAUUCGGACGAGCUACUAUAUGACUUUUUUGAUCAAUGAGUGCUGGAGACUUUCUGGGGCCAGCGAAGGUCCAAAGGCUCGGUUUUCUCUUCGCCGGGGUUCUGUCAAGAAGUUGUCGGAGGCCUUUGACCUGCAUGCAUCGGGUAGACGUGCAGACGUUAUCGUCAACUGCACGGGCUUGUUAGCCCGGGAGCUAGAGGACCUUGAGCCGGAGGAACGGAGCAAGAUUUAUCCCGUGCGGGGAGUUGUUUACGUUGUGAAGAACACGACUGGCGUCAAGAAGGUCACGAUUGUGGAGAUCGACAAGGAGGACGAGAGCUUGUAUUUGAUGCCAAGACGUGAGGGGGAGAUGAUCAUUGGCGGGUGUUUCCAGAAGAACGAGGAGAGCCGCUACGUGGACCCUAGCUUGCGGGAACGGAUCUUAGGACGCUGCUCCUACUACUUGCCCCAAUUCAACUGGAAAAACCUAGAGAUUGUCCGGGAGCAGGUUGGGUUCAGACCGUACCGGGAGGGCGGGUACCGGAUCGAGAGAAAGGGCCGCAUUGUGCACUGCUACGGGACGGGCGGUGCCGGGUACCAGUCGAGCUGGGGGUGUGCCGAAAAGGUGCUAAAGCUGGUUUCACAGGUCGGCAGCGGCAGCAAGUUAUGA